AUGUCCGUGUUCCAGCCCCGCAGUUUACGACGAAAGAGAAAUGCCGGUCAUCUCACCCUCAACGCAUCCCCAGUAGUACCAAAAGCGGACGACGUAGACACUACCCUUGCCAAGGGAUUAACCGACCUCGAGCUAGGCAAAGAGUUUAGACUAGACUUACGCAGCGAAGACCUCAUACUGUUAAGAGAACUCGGCUCGGGCAAUGGAGGAACAGUCUCUCAAGUCAAACACGUCACAACGCAAACUAUCAUGGCUAAAAAGAUUAUUCAUAUCGAGGCCAAACCACAAGUGCGGAAACAAAUUCUUCGCGAACUGACAAUUCUGCACGAAUGUAAUUCCAAGUACAUCGUUUCAUUCUAUGGCGCAUUUGUUACUGAAGAAGACCGUGACAUAGCCAUUUGUAUGGAAUAUAUGGACGUCGGGUCACUUGACGCCAUCUACAAGAAGACUGGCCCUAUUCCACUUCCCAUACUUGGCAAAAUUACACUAGCGGUAUUAGAGGGUCUUAACUAUCUCUAUGGAAGUCACAAAAUUAUUCAUCGAGAUGUCAAGCCAUCCAAUAUCCUUGUAAACUCUAAAGGCCAAAUUAAAAUCUGUGACUUUGGUGUAUCCGGUCAAGUGAUUAAUUCCAUUGCAGACACUUUUCCUGAACGUAUUCAGGGUGCUACAUAUACUGUACGAUCGGAUGUAUGGUCGGUCGGUAUCACUUUGAUAGAGUUGGCAAUUGGUCGGUUUCCAUUCCCGCCAGAUGGCAGUAAAUUAACAGUGUUGGAGCUUUUACAACAUAUCGUUAAUGAGGCCCCGCCGACUCUACCACCGGGUGAAUUUCCUGAUGACUUUGACGAUUUGACAAAGAAGUGUUUGUCCAAGGAUGUUAGUCAGCGACCUAAUCUACAAGAGUUACUGAAACAUCCGUAUGUUGUCGAAGCUCAGAAAUCAAAUGUCGAUGUCGAAGCCUGGACUCGGAAUGUUAGAAGGAAGUCAACUGCUGCCAACUAA